AUGACUUGUUUCUUAUGGCAAAGGAGGCGAAACCGUAACUCGACCGGAAAAAAUCCGGACCCGAAACGUGCCGCUCUCGAUACUGAGCUCACGAUCCCGACCGAUUUCCGGUGCCCGAUAUCCCUCGACCUCAUGAAGGACCCCGUCUCGUUAUCCACCGGGAUAACCUACGAUCGAGAUAGCAUCGAGAGGUGGCUCGACUCGGGUCACGCCAGGUGCCCUGUCACCAACCAACCCUUACGCACCCUCGACCAAAUCCCGAACCACGCUCUCCGCAAAAUGAUCCAAGAGUGGUGCGUCGAUAACCGGUCGCUCGGGGUCGAGCGCGUCCCGACCCCACGCGUCCCCAUCUCUCCACAAGAAGUCUCUGACAUUUGUGCUGAGAUGCGCGACGCAACCGAAACUGAGAACGAGCAAAAGUGUCGAGAGCUCGUCGCAAAGAUCAAGGACUCGGCAUGCGAGAGCGAACGGAACCGACGAUGCAUUUCGAGCAACGGGAUCGGAGCGGCUUCGGCGGGCGCGUUCGAAGCCUUCGCGCGCGUCUCGGUCGAGAAACACUCGGUUUUGCUUCGGGAAAUCCUAUCCGUGCUCACGUGGGCUUUUCCCCAGGACGCAGAGGGUUGCUCGAAAGUGGGGUCCGCGGCCGGACUUCGGUGCCUCGUCCGGUUUCUCGGCGGCGGCGGCGCUGGCGGCAGCCUCUCGUCUCGGCGGGAUGCGGCGCUCCGGCACAAAAGCAUUUUCGACAGCUUCAACACGUACGAGGAGCUUGAUAACGAAGCACGUGAUGAUUAA